CUCUCUGUUAGCACACGUUUUCUAUUCUGUUAAAACACCCCCGAAAAGUGACAAGAACAGCAGUUUUAUGCUAGAAUAGUAACAAAAAGAAAGUUGUAAUGGAAAACAGAUAAAUAGUUAUUUCUAUUGAAUUUUGUUUUCUUGAUUUUGCAGUGACUUCUCCUCUAGAAUGAAAAUGCGGAUGCGCUCAGCAACAAAUAUCCAAGGCAACAAAAUACGAGUUCUUGUACUAGGCGCUUCAGGUGUGGGCAAAUCAACACUGGUCAAACUCUUCACCCAGAAGAAGUUUAUUGAAGAUUUUGAGGACCAAAACUCCCAAGAAGCUGGCACAAUCAUUGUGGAACUGAUGGAAGUCGAAGUGUCACUCUUAGUAGCGUUGAAAAGGCUGGCAAUAAAGACAGCACAAGCUUAUAUUUUGAUGUACUCCUUUGCUGAUCCAGGUUCAUUUGAAUUCAUCAUCAAUGUCAAACAAGAAAUAGUAGAAAUGAAAGGAGAGGGAAUGCCGAUAGUUGUUGUUGGAAACAAAGCUGACUUAUCACGCAGACAAGUGCAAGAAAUGAGUAAGAAGUCUGUAGUUUCGGACUGGGGACUCCCAUACACAGAUGUGUCUCUUCACACAGGGAUGAAUAUUGGUGGGGUUUACAGACACCUCUUUAGUCAUCCGACGCUACAGAAGUUAGUAGACGUUGUGGCAGUGAUAAAAGCUUCCACAAUUUCUUCUAACAUACGCAGAAUGUCUCUCCCAGCAUCUCAGUUACAGAGAAGAGUGUCAACAUUAAAUAUGACAGUUCCGGAAAUGGCAGUUCCGGAAGCGGGGCAUGCAUCCGAUAAAUCUCCGGAAAUAGGAAGAUAUAACGCAGUGCGAGAGCAGAAACAUGGUACAUCCAGAUGGUCGAAGUUCAAACAACUUUUUACCGGUCGUAAAGCAAGGAAAUGAAUGUAUAUAUGAAACAUGUGGAACUUCCUUGAGUUCAUAAGCAUAGUUUCAAGUGUUGUAAAAAUAAAUAAAACGAAUGAAAAACUGGAGACUUUAAAUUAGAUGACUAUGGUUUUAUAAGACAGUCUUCUGUGUUCUUGUAAAUACACGCUCUGCCUAUGUAUUUGUUUAAAGAAUAUAUGUAUAUAAAGUUCUAUAUUCAGGUUAAAGGACAUGCUUCCAGAAUAACGAAACGCAAUGAAAAUGAAGUUUUUUGUAACACUUUUAUAAAACAUAAGUCGGUAUAGAUUUGAGUGUAGUUUCUGCAACAAACUUUUGCUUUGCUCAAGAGUUUUCCUACUCUAUUGUUCAGACUACAAAAGUAAAAUCUACAAAAUACUGUUUAGAACUCUUUGAAUUACUUCAGAAGAAGUAUAUCCCGAAGAGUGAUUUUGUCGUUUUAUAAUAUCACCUUUCGCAGUUGGGAUGCGAAGGAAUUACAUCACAAGUUUUCAACACAGUACAGCAGAGCUACCGGCGCCGCAAAGCGGGGCCGACAGCGUUGCAUUACGGUUAGACAUAUGAAAAAGAAAACAGAUAACGGAUACUAUCGAGUUGAAAAUUCGUGGUAUU